AUCCUACAAUCAAAACUCUUUGUACAUAAUACAUAGAUACGUUCUCGACUGCUAACUAGAUUUCAAUUUUCAAGCACCCAAGACGGAGAGAUGGAGAGAGCGCGGAGCGCACAGGACGAAGCAGAGGGAAGGCAUUUUGGGGAGUCAGCAGGACUUAUCAUGCGCCCUUCCAACAACCCUGCGCCUCUCUGGCCAACAAUAGACGGCCCUCUCGGCCUCUCCGAAGAAGAGUCUCUCAGCUACGCUCGUAGCUUCUUCAAGUUCGGAUUUUGCUUGCUUCCUUGGCUCUGGGCUGUUAAUUGUUUCUACUUCUGGCCCGUCCUUCGCCAUUCAUCGUCGUUUCGUGGCAUUCGUCGCUAUGUUGUUGGAUCAGCAAUUGGGUUCAUUGUGUUCACGGUCCUCCUUUCUUCAUGGGCUCUUACAUUUGCUAUCGGAGGGGAGCGCCUCUUUGGCCCUAUAUGGGGGGAUCUAGUCAUGUACAAUGUUGCUGACAAAUUAGGCCUGACGAGUUGGAAUUGAUCACCGCACUGUUCUCAAUUUUUAGGUGUCAUAGAUAUCUCUGCUACUCAUAGCCUUAAUACAAUUCAGCCUACAUUUGUAUGAUAAACUACAUAUCAUAAAGGUUUCAUAGUUUUCUACCACUAUGCAAAAUGUUGAA